UUCGCCGGUGGUGCCGGUAGAGACGUUUCGUUCAUGCCGAAACUCAGGCGAAGACACAACCGUGGAUGCCACAACAAAACAUGUCAUGCUGACGCCACUUGAGCAUGCUCUACCCCAUUUAUCACCCUUUUGACGAAAGAAUUUACCCCUUUAGGUUGUGAUAUUUGCAUUCUAGUCAUUCGAACGAUAGAUAAUCCCCGAAGAUAAAUUGAAUUACUCUUCUUUGCCAUUGUAACAUUCCAUAUUCAGAUAAUUCUAUUCGAAUAUGCACAUCAUUGUGACUAUUGUUCUUAGCACACCGAAUUAACAAUUGAAGAAUUAUUAGUGCACCAUAAUUAUAUUCUGAUUCGAACAAUUCCGAAUAAAUGAAUAAAUACGGGUUAAGUGUGAAAAUUUAUUGACCUAUAAACUGCAGAGCAGUUGAGUCAGCACGUAUAGAUAUUAUGUAUUCUGAUUUGUAAAGCGAACCUAAAUAAUUUAUUCUACUCUAAAGAAAAAAAAAAAGGAACUUUUCAGUUCAGAUAAGGAUCAGAGAAAAAGUAUUGGACUAUAUUGUACAAGAAAGUAUCGACAUUUGGACUUGUGUAAUGUAUAUUGUGAUAUGGUGUUAGAAAACGAUUCAGUUCAUCAGCCUAACAAGGAGAAAACAAUUUAUCUUGUUCUAACAAACGAAUAAUGAAUGAAUGUUGAUGCCAGACACCUGCUAGUUCUGCUGAAGUUCAGUAGAUUUCAAGAAUGAAUACAUAUGCUGUAUUUCCACUGCUAGCAAGUUUUCGUUUUAAAAAAUGGACGUCUUAAUUAAACAUCUCUUCUCUGGACUGAUUGUCUUGUAAAGAGCUCUUAUCAAUGAUGAGUUUUGGUGUCUAUCAUCAUAUAGGAAAAGAUGACGAAGGAAAUCAUUCCAAAUUUACACAGAUAGACAUUUCUGCUUAUUUGCAUUCUCUAUUUGUUUGAUAGUGCUUGAAAAUAGACAAAAUGCCUCGUCUACGAAUUCGCCGGAUGCUUCUGACUUUGGUCAUAGUCAUUUGUUCUACGGUUCUGGUCUUGAAUUUGACAUCUAAUUCUCAGCAGGCCCUACUGUUCCCAACAAAAUCUAAUGAUAGAGAAUUUUUUCCGAUCAUGUUCGAGACACCUCAAAGACGGAAACCGAAAUUCGAAAAUUCUCCAACCCUUCUGGUGCAGCAGUCUUCGGAACAACAGGUGCUGGUGAAAAGUACUCAAGGGCGUGAGGUCAAGAAAUUCCUCUUCAAAUCGGAUGAUCAGUCUAAUCAUCAUCAAAUGGAAAGAAAGAACAACCUCAUGGUAGGACCACUACAGCAGCCUGCUGAAAAUGAAAAUGGUAUUGUUAAAUUAUGGUUCAUGAAAGGAGGUGGAGUCAGGCCACAACCAGGUAUGGCCAAUACAAAACCAAAUCUCUGGCCAGAACAAAGUUCUGGUGAUCGCAUUGUAGAACAACUGAUGUAUAUCCCACCGAACUACACGUCAAGCUGGAAUUUUUCAUCUGGGUCAUCAACAAUGAACUCCAUUUCUAAACCGAAAUUGAAGAAGAUUCUGCUAUAUUUCGGUAAAGGCGGUUGGAACGAUUUGCCUAUGGGAAGGACAGUAUUUCUGAGAGAUAAAUGUCCUGUCAAUACGUGCGAAUUGACGACGUCUCUCAAAGACGCAGAGCAGGCGGAUGCCUUGUUUUUCAAGGACAGAUUUUUAUGGCCGUUCUACAAACGGCAACCUCAUCAAGUGUGGAUUCUGUUUUUGCUUGAAUGUCCCUUGCAUACUCAAGCAUUUAAGAAUCUGAAGCAUGUUUUUAAUUGGACAGCUACCUACCGACAUGAUUCGGAUCUUGUAGCACCGUAUGAAAAAUUUGUUUCUUAUAACACUAGUUUCGAUUACAUUCCUGGUCAGAAGAGCCAUGCUCCAGCAGAAAUGACAAACUAUGCUUCAAACAAGACUAAGAAAGUAGCAUGGUUCGUGUCUAAUUGCAAUGCAAAGAAUAAACGCCUAGAAUACGCCAAAGAAUUAGGACAGCAUAUCGAAGUCGAUAUUUAUGGUUCCUGCGGUAACAAGAAAUGCCCCCGAACUCUAACACAUAAGUGUUUCCGAAUGCUUGACAAAGAAUAUAAGUUUUACCUUGCGUUUGAGAAUUCCAAUUGUAAAGACUAUAUUACAGAGAAGUUUUUCGUGAACGGUUUGAGUCGGAAUAUUGUACCAAUUGUUAUGGGAGCUCGCCCUGAAGACUAUGCUAGAGCUGCACCACCCCACUCUUACAUCCAUGUUGAUGACUUCGCUUCGCCAAAGGAAUUGGCAGAAUACCUCUCCAUUCUGGACAAGAACGAUACUCUGUACAACGAGUACUUCCGCUGGAAAGGUACCGGGGAAUUCAUCAACACUUACUUCUGGUGUCGGAUGUGCGCCAUGUUGCACGCUCCUCCUUACCACAAGUCCUAUCCUGAUAUGCACAAGUGGUGGUCAGGGGCAGGAACUUGCAGCGCUGGAAACUGGCGGAAUCGUGCAACGAAACCGCCGCAGCAGUUAACUGCCAAUUCGGUUGAUAUCAAGGACGAUAACGGGUAAUUUUUGGUGACAAAUUAACUGGUGGUUAGUCACAAACUCUGAAUUCAAGGUUAAAUUGCUGAUGCUACAAUGACUUAUCAAGCAAGUCAGACAUUAUCAUCAACAAGCCAAAAGUUUGGCUGGCAUAAACGAUUUUGUAUUUAUCUGUGACGACGAUACAUUUGUGUAUGAUAUAAUGAGCUGAUAUAAGCAUUAUAACUUUAUGCUGGUACUCAACCAGCAUAUUAACUUUAUGCUGGUUGAGACGAUUUGCACCGCACUAAUUGUUUCGUUGAAGUUUUUAUCCUAAGCCACAGUUCGUAAUUAUAUAAAUUUAUUUGUCUUUUGUUUCCAUUUCGAUGCAUUCCAGUGUUUUGCUUUGUAAUUUCGUUACAGCAUGUUCAAUUUAGUUUGUCUUUCAGAAGCAUGUAAAAUCAUUUAUAAAUGUUUUCACCGUCAUGCUAUAAGGAAUACUGUUAUAUGGAUUCGUUUACUAAAUGUGAUUUUAUUAUUUAAUGCUCUGACAGUGUAUCAGAUCAUUCCUUAAAGGGACUUUUGAUAUACUUAGCUUCUAAUGUGAAGUUGAAAGAUAUUUGAAAUGAUAAAUAUUCUGCAUAAGAAUAUCAUGUGCAGUGCUCUAUGUUUCUUGUUAAUUUGUUUGUUUGCUGCUGAUUGCAAAAGCUUAGAAAAUGAAUGUGCGAGUCUUCAUUUUUAUUAUACGGGUAUUAAUAUGUUCUGUUUUUAAGAAUUAAAUUUUUUUUCUAACUAAAUUUUUGAAAUCAUAUGCUAAAUUUUUUCGUAAGCAUUUUCGUUGUACUGAAUUUUAAUUCUUAACAGCACUGGUGUACAAACUUUCGAAAUUAGUGCACUGAAUUUAUAUUAAAAAUGGAAGAUUUCCUAUUCAGUACUUUUCCAAAGCAAGUAAUAUACUUAUUUAAAGAAAGCGGUUUGGAAUGCAAAUGUUUUAAAAACUAUUAUUACAUUCUUACCAUUUUUUAAAGAAAACUCAAUGAGUAUUUUUCAAAAAAUAUUUGAAUGAAGUAUUACCUAAUAUACAUAAAUAUUUCCUUCUUAAUGAAAUUUAAGCACUGGAACUGGAUAUUGCUGUUUUCAAAUAAGUUAUUGUAGGAAACCGUUGGCAAAUAGUGGAAAUAACUUUUCUUAAAUGUCGCUUCAUUUAAACACUUUAUAACACAUCUUCGUAAAAUGUGGAUAAAUUGCAGUCCCUUAUUUCAUGUAGCACUGGAUGUACUAAGCAUAAAAAUUGAUAAAUAUGAUGUGAAUGAAUUUUGAGAAUGAAUGGUUUUGAGUAGCGAAAUAUUUUAUCAAAACCAUGCAUAGUUUUUAAUUUCUGUUUCUGUAAUUAUUAUUUAUUCCUUUUUUCAAACUAACUGAUCGGAAGCGCACAGGUCAAAAUGUGAUGAUAUUUGAAGUAUUUGCUCUUGACUGUUUAUUGUUGGUAGUGUUAAAAAUCAUUGACUGGAUUUAUUUUACUGCUUAAAUGCAUAAAAAUGAAAUUUAGUGAAGGUCAUAAUUCUGAUUUGAAUUAUCACUUUAUUGAAACGUUACGGCUACUUCACUUACGUGGAUCUAAAUAAGAAAGUUUGCAUCGGAAAGAUAUAAUUACGCUUAAACUACGAAGAAAGAAUUUAUGAAAUUCAGUUUUGAUCAUUAAAACACCAGUCUAGUUAAAAACGUCAUCUUAGGAAAAUUGCGAUGAGUUUGUUGUUCAACAUUCAUAACUCUGUAUUAUAUAAGCUGUUAAAUUAUAACUAUACGAUUCUUGCAAAAUAUUCUUAACCUACAAAUUUCGUCAGAAUCAUGGUUAAACUUUAGUUGAAAAAUAUUGCCAAAACGUCUUGCAUUUUUUUUUUUUUUUGUCUUUUAAAUAUCUUAUGUAUUUUUUCUCAUUUUUUUUAUUUUAAUACAGAAUUAAAAGUAUUUUCAUUAUUACACCCUGUAAUCUGCAAACUCUAUACUACCAGAGAAUAAAUUGUUGAACAAUUAUUGAAAACAUGCAUUUGAAUUAUGAAUUCAAAUUCAUAUUUUUUUUUGCAGUUAUAUGCAUUUUUUACACGUACUUGGGAAGCAUUUUACUGAAUGGUUAAGACGCAUUGCUUAAAAAGCAACUUUUCAGCCUCUGGAAUUUUUCUCUAGGUCGUUCAGUAUACUUUUAACAUGAUGAAAAUCUUUAAAAUUCUGCUGAUCAAAAUGUUAAUUAUAAAAUCUAAUUUUUAACAGAAUUUAAAAAAAAACUCGUAAGAUAUAUAAUCUGAUUCAACAAUUCAGUCAAGAGCAAGUAUAACAAGAAGGUUGUGAUUGUAUUGUAUAUAUAUUGCAAAGCUGAAUGCAUAAAUUGUUGUGUGUUUGUAUAUUGUACUGUUCCUGUAUUUGGUCAUCAAGAUAAUGUAUAUUUGUGAUGUAUUUGUACGUUUUCCACAUUCGGGCACCAAGAAAAUGUGUUCUUCUGUGUAGCAAAGAAAAUGAGUAAAUUACUUGAUUUUCACUCAUGAUUUCUUUGCUCUAUAUUUUUCGUGUAAAGAUUUCUUUGUUACUCUAUUCAAACUUAAUGCCUGAAUGUUUUCUGUCUCCACAAUGUAUGCUUUAAGGCUUCGUUCAUUUUUUAAUGCAAUGGGACGAGAAAUGAAUGUUUUAUGGUUAUACAGUACACUCCCGAUUAUCCGCGGAAUUGGGUGGCGUGGCCGCCGCGGAUAACAAAAAUCGCGGAUAAUCCGAAAAAAGUUAAAAACGGGUAUAGCAAAAGAGAAAACAGUCAUUCCAACUUUGAAAAAUCGUUUUAUGUACAAUGAAAUGUAAAAUAAACAGCAGGAAAUGUUUCACUAAUGCUUAAUAUUUUAGUAUAUCACUCAAAACUAACCUAAAAUGCAUUUUGUUAAUGAAAACAGAAAAGUGCUUUGCACUUACGAGAGGCGUCAAGGAUGCACCGAAAAAUUAAUACAUAUGUACUGUUUUAAUACUGUAAUGUAUUAUGUAAUUACAAAAGCAUAACUGCAAAACUACACCUUUUUGAAAAAAUCAGUCAUUUGUAUUUGAUUCUUGCUUUGGAAGCAUUUUUUCUUUGCUUGGAAGCAAAAAAAAAAAAAAACAGUACGGCAGGCGCGGAUAAUGGGGAGUCUACUGUAGUUUGCUUUUACAUCCCAGGUAGCAAGUCUGUUGUGCAAUAUUGUGAGGCAUUAUAUUACUCAGUAUUCAACAAUUCAACAAUACAAUAUUACGAAUAUUGUUUCCCUUCAUACAUUAUUUUAAAAUAUAUGUGCUACUUAGGGAUUCGUUUUUUUUAUUUAAAAAAAUAAAUUAUAUGUUUAUCUAGAACUGGGACAGUAGUGAAUUAUCGAAGUAAUGAUUUUCUGUUACUUAUAAAAAUAUAAUCUGUAAUUGCAAAAUAAAAAAUACUAAUAAACAUAUUAUGAAACAUAAAAAUUUACUAUUUAUACCGAAGCAACACCAACCAAUAUUACUAUUUGCACUGGCAAAAAAAAAAAAAA